UGUUCCCUAUAAAAUCCCAGCCCAGGCAACUCAGCUACUCAACCAGAUAUCUUAAUUUUCCCCUAUUAUUAUCAGUAGCUCAGACCAUUUCUAUAUGGCUCCAACCAUUGCUGUGCCCUCCGUGAAGGCAAAAGAGAUCCAACGGCGUAAAACUCCGGCGGCGGUGGAGGAGGAGGUGUUGAGGAAGAGGAACGAGGAACUGGAGAAGGAGUUGAGGAGGAGCCUAGAGAGAGAAGAGACGAUGAGGCGAGAGUUGCAGAGGACGUGGGAGCGGUUGACGGUGGCGGAGGAGGCGGAGGAGCGGCUGUGCUCCCAGCUGGGGGAGGCGGAGGCGGAGGCUGUUGAACAGGCUCGGGCAUACCAGGCUAGGGUUACAUCGUUGAUGGAUCAGCUCUCCGCCGCACAGACAGGGCCGGUCCUAUCAUUUUAUAGGCUCGGGGCGUAGGAACACAA